UGGCGGACUUGACUGCUAUGCGACAGGGGGCAUUAUUAUAGUGACGAAUCAUCUUUACCUUAAAAUAAUUUAAAGCCAAGCUUCCUGAUGUUGAUGUAAAUAUAGCUAGUGACUGAAGAGGCAGUGUCGGUGUCGGUCUUAUUUCAUUGCAACACCUGGCUUUAUUCAAGUCCUAUAAUACAGCUAGCCUACGCUUUGCCCCAAAUGGUACUUCGCUUUGAUUUACAAAUCUACGAUCAUGAAACUGGACGAUGGCGGAUGACACGGAGGAUGUUGAGCUGGACUUUGCUGCUGAUGAGCAGGAGAGGGCGCGGAGAAGUGCAGUCUUGAGACACCCCCUCGCCUCUUUUUUCCACCUGUUCUUCCGGGUGGUUGCCAUUGUCGCAUAUCUGCUCUGUGACUGGAUCAGUGAGAAUUUUGCACCAUGUUUUGUCCUGAUCAUCACUCUGCUCUCUUUUGACUUCUGGUCUGUCAAGAAUGUGACUGGCAGGCUGUUGGUGGGCCUGCGCUGGUGGAAUCAGAUCGACGAUGAUGGAAAAAGCCUCUGGGUGUUUGAGGCCAAAAAAGCCUCCCGCGGCAAUAACAUUGGGACAGAGGCAGAAGCAAGGAUAUUUUGGCUGGGUCUCAUCAUCUGUCCUCUUAUAUGGACAUUCUUCUUCUUCACCUCCCUCUUCUCCUUGAAGAUUAAAUGGCUGUCACUUGUGGUAGCUAGUAUUUCCCUCCAAGUGGCGAAUCUCUAUGGUUACCUACGCUGCAAGGCAGUGGGAGAGGAUGGCCAGCCUGCAGACAGCCGCUCUUUCACGGGGCAGCACCUCCUGCAGCGUCCAGACAUCAUCUUUGGAAUACUGUGAAGAUUACCUCCUCCUGUAGAGCUACUCUGCUGUUUGUGUGUGUGUGUGUGUCUUUGUGUGUGUGUGAGCGAGAGGGAGAAAGAGAGCGAUAGAUGAGAGCUGCCUCAUCUCCAAAGUACCCACAAACUGCAUUUACUUGAAUGGCUGUGUGCCCUGUGCAUGCCUUAUGCAGCUGACUGUUCACUUCACAUUUUGCCCAUGGAUCAGUCUGGUAAUUAUCCCAAUAAAAUAAAGUGAAUUUAAUAAAAUAAUUUCCUCUAUUGUUGUUGGUUGAACACCGCUUAUCUGCAAAUGCAUUUAUUAGGAAAAAAGUAAAAAAUUCAUAUAAUUUUUAAACAGCUCAGGUUAGAUUGUGAUUGUUUUGCUUUCAGUAAACGUCUAUGAUAGAAAACACAGAUCUAAAUAAAAGACAUUAGUGCCCCUCAAGAACAUUGGAUUAAUUUAAGGGAGAAAAGGGAGUAAUAAUAAGUGAUUAAAUGGCACACCCUGUGUCCAAUGUUUAAUCGAAAUAGUUCCACUAUACCUCCAGAGGUUUCAUCAGGAAAUGCUGAUGGCACCGCAGAGACCGUGUUAAGCAUGAAUUAUAAGUGAACAAAGAAAUUACCAUUAAAGUUUGAUGAAAAUGCAGACAGUUGUAAUCUGUUGUCGUCCUAAAUGUUGUGAUGUGUGCUUUAAUGCACCACAUGAGGAACAAAUUAGUAACCACACAAAAGAAUGGCAAACAUGCUUGUCUUGAAAACUAAACAUUUUAAAAUCCCAUAGAGACCAGUUCAUUUGAAAGUUUUUGGACUAUAAAUUAUUUGGCAUGAUUUUUUCUUCCAUGAGGAAUUGAUUAAUCUGUGUACUGCAGAUUGCAAUCUAACUCAAAUGUAUUUGGGGGAAUUAGUUAUUUUACAUUGGCCAUGUUGAGCUAGUCUAAUUCUAAUACCUCCAUAAAUAUUUCUGCUUUGUGGUUAAAACAUUCAUUUUAAGAAUACAUUUUAGUUAAUGUGUAGCCAUGAACACAUGGCCAUGAACUGGCUAGGAUUAACCCAAUUAAAAUGAAAUAUUCAGAGACUUUGUGCCAGUAUUUACUGUAAAACGUGGCUAAAAAUUAUAAUGGGAAUGACUGCAAUGUAUUUUUAUUUAGUUCCAUUGUGGUUUCCAAACAGUGCUCAGAAAACAUUGAAUCCUAACCGUACAGAUUUGGAGGGAACCGUUCAAAAGACAUAUCGUGGCCCCUGUGCUCUCAAGCCACGUAGAAAC